AUGGAUUGUCUCAAAAUUAUCAAACGAAUUGGUAGCGAAGAAUUCAUCGGUGUUUACCAUACUGUCAUUGAUGGCAUUCCUCGGGUAUAUUUGGCAAGAUCCACCGAUCUACUACAAUGGACAUGGCUUCAAGAACUUGCUUACCAAGCAUCGCAACCAACUAUUGCCGUGCCAGGUGAUCAACCACAAGGCUUUAUAGUUGCAUGGGAACAAGAACCUAGAAAUCAUUUACAGUUUGCCUUCUACUCUACAUGGGACAAUCUUCGAGCGGGAAAAGCCCAAAAGACGUUCGAUGCAGCGCGUACUUUGUCCCCAUGUGCAGAAGGUACGCCGAACAUCUAUGGUCAGCCAACAGUGAAUCGGAUCGAUAUUGGCUUUCAUUACUUUGAGAAAUGCGUUGUCGACCGUCAAGCUCGUGGGCUCCUUCUUAAUUUUAAUCAAUGGACUGAAGUUCGUAAAGUAUCCACUAUAGACAAUGCCAUACUAUAUCAUGGUGUACAAGGCAAUAUUGGUGAUCGGGAUGCUUUGUCAAACUUCGACGGAUAUACAUUUACCAUCAUCGAAGGACAAUAUAAACCAAAUGAUUUUGGGACAUGGCGUAUAUUUAUGUACGAUCCACAGACGAACAAUGCUGACAAGGUACCUAUUCUAACAGACGGCGGAAGUCUGGCAUUCGCUAAUCCGACAAUGACUCGAACAACUAUGAAGGGACAGGACAUUUUACUUGUUACUCUCUUUCUACCUAGUGAACAAGCAGCUCCCGGUGAAGCUGGAGAACUUAUAUAUUAUCACAAACUGAUCACUGGGACUGUUAAAGUAACAAUUCAAAAUGCUCAAACUGGGCUCAGAUUAGAUUCAAAUGCUGAUGGACAAGCGUAUACACAUGUCCCAAAUGGUGGUCCAUACCAAGUUUGGCAAAUUAUAAAUACCAAUGAAAACAGUUUUAAUUUAAAAGACAAUGCAACAGGCCUAGUUUUAGAUAGCAAUGAAAAUGGUAACGUUUAUACAUUAACUGGAAAUGGAGGUGCAUAUCAAAAAUGGACAUUUAAUGGCCUAACUAUUAUACAUGUCGCAACUGGGAGAACAUUAGAUUCUAAUUAUGACGGAAAGCUUUACACACUGCCGCCAAAUGGAGGAAACUUUCAAAAUUGGAUUCGUCAAUAA